AUGUUAGAUGAUGAGAAUGAUGAUAUUGAUUUGACCUCGACAGCUGCUACCACUAUGACAGUCAUCGCUAUCUAUCUAUCUAUCUAUCUAUCUAUCUAUCUAUCUAUCUAUCUAUCUAUGCCAAUCUAUCUAUCUAUCUAUCUAUCUAUCUAUCUAUCUAUCUAUCUAUCUCAGUCUGUUAGCAUCUAUCUAUCUAUCUAUCUAUCUAUCUAUCUAUCUAUCUAUUUCAGCUUUCAAUAUUUGCUUGCCAUCUCUUUUCCGUCCCCCUCUCUCUUUAGUCCAUAUUCUCUUUCCAUCUCUUUUCUCUCCCCUCUCUCUUUAGUUCAUAUCCUGUUUCCAUCUCUUUUCUCUUUCUCUCUCUCUUUAGUCCAUAUCCUCUUUCCAUCUCUUUUCUCUCCCCUCUCUCUUUACUCCAUAUCCUCUUUCCGUCUCUUUUCUCUCCCAUCUCUAUCUUUAGCCCAUAUCCUCUUUCCAUCUCUUUUUCUGUCCCUCCUCUCUCACUUUCUCCCAGUUUUUUUCUAUUCUUGUUCUCUUUCCUUCGAUACUUGCAACCCUGACCCUAGCCUCCGCCCCCAAAUUACAAUAAUAUUCCUGUUUCGAGAAGACUUUCAUAUACAUUUGCUUCCUUGUAGGUAUACCGAGCGAUGGAACAAAGCAACAAAUGAAAGUUCUUUCAUUCUCCACCUUGCUUCGCUUAGUUUCAUAGCCUAG